AUGGGGUGUAUAGCUGAAAUGAAAUAUUAUGUCAUGGAUGAAUCUCUGUUAGACUGGCACAUUCAAGAAUCAGAAAUAGAAGGAUGUGACGAACUGGAAAGUGGUGGAAGAAAACUCAUAGAAUACCUCCAUACAACAAAAGUUUACAUGGAAGAGCAUGCCAUCGAUUGUAGACCGGGACGUCCACCAAAGAGAGCUUCGGUAACUGGCCUAACAACGUGUGGCAGUCUUCUUAAGAAGAAUCGCCUGGAUGGAGAAUAUCACGGUUACAAGAAUGGCCAUUUAAAUGGGGACCGUUUGGAUAAAGUGUCAUUUCUACAUAAUGGCUACAACCACAUGGUGGCGCAAGCGGCGGCAGCUGCAGCUGCUGCAGCAGCGGCAACUGGAGCGCCCUCUCACAUCAACCCUUUGCCCUUCAUUGCGUUAAACCACCAGGUGUCUCAUCAUAGCAUGAUUCCAGUGACUAGUACUUUAGGACUAACAGCACCUAGUCACACCCAAACUCAUCGAAACGAGGGUAUUAGCGUCAAUGAAAGAUCCCGGCAGGUUACGGAUGAUUACGUCACAAACAGGAUGCGAGAUGAUCAACUACAGAAUGGUGAACUUAGAGAACGACAUUACGGGCAUGAAAAUUACAAACAAACAAAGGACAUCAUUCAAAACGGGACGACAAGUAAUGGGCACGCUCCUGUGUUAAACCUUUCUCAACAUAGUAGUCGUGCAGCUGGCUACAACAACAUUAGUAAUGGCGGAAGUGGUAAUAACAGCGGAAGUGACGGUGCGUACAAUGAACACAUGGAUGAUGACGACAGUGAAGAUGACGAUGAUGACCACGAGCAUGACUUCAGUGACACCCCAGAUGUAAGCAGUACCGCCAACACCGACCACCUUUCUGCCCAGAAUGCGCUGUUUUUUCAGAGUCUGAACAAUGGCGGUGGCGCCACCAUGGGGCAGGCUGUGUCAUCAAUAGAGACUUUGUUAAGAAACAUACAGGGACUAUUGAAGGUGGCUGCAGACAAUGCUAGACAACAAGAGAGACAGAUAAAUAUAGAAAAAGUUAUUUACCAGAAGAAGUUAAGACGAGAAAGAAGAUUCCGCAGAAGAGCACAAGAACAGCUUGAUGCAGAAAUCAAGAAACGUUCGGAUUAUGAAGGCAACUUACACAUAAGCUCAAACGAAACGCUUCGACUUUUAAACGACUCUCUUCCACAAGAUCUAGACAAGAACCAGCUUGAGCGUCUAGAAGAUGGCUCGAGAGGUCAAGCUGACGCCAUUUUGAUGAGUGGAAGCACAUGCUGUCACUUCUCCUUUCUUGGGAUUCGUCUGGUCAAACCGUAAAGUGACGUAUUUAUUAUCGUGUGCACGUGACGCCAGGCAUCUUAAAAGUCGUUUCUUCCACCGUUUUUGAAAGGACAGUGAAUUAUUUACCUUGGACUUUAGUUCUUAAUAAACAACCGAAUUCUAUGUUAAAUAACGUAUUGUCUUGAUAAACAUACACUGACCAUCGUGUAUACUGUUAAGCCUAAUGUCAUUGAGUUACGGUUUAUUUUUCUCAGUACAUAGUUUAGUGCCAUAAUAGACUAUGCGUUUUUUUAAUGUAAUUUAAUUGUAUCUUUACAUAUUAUUCUUUUGUGAUAUUGCCUUUAGAUAUAAUUUGAUAUGCUAUAAAAACUAGUGGUAAACGUUUAAAGAUUUCAUGUAUAAUGUAUAUACCUGUACAGAGAGACAACUAAAAGACCGGGUAUUAUUAAUUUCGAAGUAAAAUCGCCCUCUGUUGGAAGUUACUGGUAAUCAGACUCUUAGAACAAACUCUGGUUUGAAGAACAUAUAAUUUUCGGGUUAAAGUUGUAUGAAGAUACGUUUAAAAUAUAAAUUAUAUUUAAAAUUUAUUGACGAAAUUAAAAAUCAUUUACGUGUUGAAGUAAUUUUUGUCUGCAAUGUCAUGAAAGCUGGCGGCAUUACUUUAGGUAAUAAACUCAAAGUUCAAUCCAGUUAGUUUUAAUAUGCGAGUACUAUUCUGUUCUUAUUGGCGAUGAACGGUUUUUGAACUUUUCUGGUUACCAUUUUGGUGUUCUCAGAUGGGGCAGCGGCAAAUCUACGGACUUAUAACCCUAAAAUCUGGGGUUCGAUUCUUCUUGGUGGAUGCAGUAUUGUGGCUUUGCUCUAAAACAAACAAACAAACAAUUUCGGUAUUUAAAAGGCUAAAAAUUCUUAAUUAACAUGCGUGUAAUUUUUAAGAUUGUAUUAACUGAUAGAACCAUGUAUUAAAUUUCUUAAUGAGAGAAUUGUAGCUUUUGAAACCACUUAAUUACGGUAUUCAAAAUAUACGUAUUUCUAGAACUAACCUUAAUGAAUCUAAGUUUCAAAUGGACAGCAACUGCCUGUUGUAGAAAUUUACAAAUGUAAAGGACGACGUUUCUAAAAUCUUCCGCCUUUCGUCGUCAAGUUCUGUAAAUUUCUACAAUAGGCAGUUGCUGUCCAUUUCAAACUUAGAUUCAUUAUGAAUGCU